AUGGAUCAGAACUUGUUCGGAGGAGUCCCCAGGUUUCUCACCCGCCCAAAGGCAUGCUCAGUGUGUGUAGGCAAAGACGCCACACUUAGCUGCACUAUCGUGGGCAGCCCGACCCCGCUGAUAAGCUGGGAGAAGGACAAGCUGAAGCUGACAUCUGGGGGACGUUUCAAAACCGUGGAGGAUGGAAAUCUGUACCGCCUGACCAUCUAUGACUUAACACUGGAGGACAAUGGCCAAUUCAUGUGCCGGGCCAAAAACACAGUUGGGGAGGCUUAUGCUGCUGUUACCCUCAAAGUGGCCCUGCAAACAGAGAUGGCUCAGAGGGCCCCUGUUUUCAUGGUUAAGCCUACCUCUACACGUGUAUGUUUGGGAGGCGAUGUGGUUUUCCACUGCCGGGUUGCAGCCCACCCUGAUCCCAACUUUGAUUGGGAGAAAGAUGGGCGCUACUUGGGCGAGUCAAAUCGUAUCAAGAUUGUUUCCGACACCGACAGCAGCACCCUGAAUAUCCAAAGUGUGCGUAACCUGGACAGCGGCACCUACACCUGCAGGGCCCAGAACACCGUUGGUCGUUCACACUCUGCAGCAGCUCUCGUUGUAGAUGCCCAGGAUUCCCUCCAUCUGUCCGCAGACAAGAACACCUCCUCUCUCCUCUCUCACCUACAAAAGCGCAAGGAGGAAAUGAAGAAGGACAUCUCUAUCUAUCGCACUGAAGAAAGCAGAUCCUCUGGUUCCUCCUCCACCAAGACCAGCAUCACAGAUAGUUUGAGUUCUCUGAGUCAGGAACAUGAGCUGAGGGCAUCUGCGCUGGCAAAGCUGCCCAAAGGUGUGUUCACCCGUACCUGCACGGUGACUGAAGGCAAGCAUGCCAAACUCAGCUGCUUUGUGACGGGUCAUCCUAAACCCCACAUCAUCUGGAGGAAGGAUGGAUCAAACAUCAGCGAGGGCCGCAGGCAUGUCAUUUAUGAGGACCAAGCUGAGAACUUCAUCCUCAAGGUCCUGUACUGCAAACAGACCGAUAAUGGUCUCUACACCUGCAAUGCCACCAAUAUGGCUGGCCAGACCUACAGUGCUGUGUUGGUGACAGUCAAAGAGCCUAAGGUGCCAUUCAGGAGGAAGCUGCAGGAUGUGGAGGUGCAGGAGAAGACGUCAGCCACCCUGCUGUGUGAGGUGCCUGUUAGUGCCACCCAGGCCAGCUGGUUCAUGGAGGAGACGAAGCUGGAUCAAAGCACCAAAUAUUACAUGGAGCAGGAAGGCACCCUGCUUCGCCUCACCAUUCACAACGUCACCACCAACGACGAUGGUGUUUAUAUCUGCGAGAUGAAGGAAGGCAGCCGCACUGUGGCUGAGCUCACCGUCCUGGGCAAUAUUACUAAGAAGCUUCCCCGGAGGACAGUGGUCCCUGUCAGCGACACUGUCAUCUUCUGUGUGGAGCUGGAGCGUCCUUUCCCAGAUGUCUACUGGACCCGCAAUGGCGUGAAGCUGAAGGGAGAUUCCCGUAUCGCAAUCGCCUGCGUGCUCAGACAGUACACACUCACUAUUAGAGAUUGCCAGGCUGAUGACUCAGGAGAAGUGGCCUUCGUGGCGGGAGACUGCAAAACUUCCACACGAUUCUCUGUCACUGCUGCUAGGAAGCAUCCUCCCGAUCCCCCAGUCGAUGCAGUGGUUGCGAACAAGACUGACUCAUCCAUCACCAUCCAGUGGUCUCCUCCGGACAGCGACCGCCCCGUGCCCAUCAAGUGCUACUUUGUGGAGAGGAGGAAGGUUGGCACUCAGACAUGGCAGCGGUGCAACUCUGGAGAAACCAUCCUUUCUACCGAGAUCACCGUCUGCAGCUUCAAAGAAGAAGCCACCUACCAGUUCCGUAUCUCUGCCAUGAAUGACUUUGGCCAGAGUGAUUACCUGGAGGUGCCUGGAAGCUUCUACCUAGAACCCAGUGCUGAAAUCAGGAAAGGCCUGAUGAACAGCACUGCCUUCUUCAGUGAGGAGUUCUCCAUCUCCGUGGAGCUGUCAGCUGUUUGUUCUGCCUUCUGGUCUCUGAAUGGCCGCCUCCUGCGCAGUGGAGGCGACUACCUCAUCACCAGGAUCAAGAACACACACACUCUGCUCAUCCGUAACGUGACCAUGGAAAUGAACGGGACUGAGGUCAAGUUUGUGGGUGGAGGCUCACAAAGCAGUUGCAUCCUGUCUGUGCAGGCUCCUGUUGUUAGGUUCACCAACAAGUCAAACCUACAGGAGGUGUUCUGCAGUGCCCAGGCCACCGCUCAGCUGACUGCUGAGGUGUCAGAUUACGAUGCACAGGUGGUCUGGAUGAGGAAUGGGCGGGAGGUGAAAACGGGGAAGAAGUAUGAAUACAUGAUUGUCGACCGCAAGAGGAUCCUUAUGGUUCACAACGUGACAGAGGAAGAUGUGGGCAUCUAUGAGUGUGCUUUAGCUGAUGACAAAAUAUCCCUGCAGCUCUCUCUUAAAGAUGAACCUGCCAAGUUCCUGAACAAAGCCAGAGGAACCAUGGGAAUGUCAUCAACCCUAAAAGGAGACCUGGAGCUGACCUGUGAGGUUUCUCCAGCCAGCGCGGCCGUGGUGUGGAAGAAAGAUCAAGUGCAGAUCACCGAGGACCAAAGAACGACCACCGUCGCCAAAGGGACUCAAAGGAAACUCAUCAUCAAAAACGCCAAGAAAAGUGACGAAGGACAUUACUCCUGUGAGACAGCAGCAGACAAAGUCACAUUCCAGGUCAAGAUAAAAGAAACUCAGGCAGUAGCCGCCUUCUCCAACAGGGAAUCAGUCCAAAAGGAAGUUAAAGCUACUCUCACCCAGAAAGCUACUCUUAGUUGUGAUGUCUCUGAUAGUAAGAUAGAAGUGAAGUGGUAUAAAGACGGCAAGCAGCUGAUAUCCAGCAGGACGAUAUACUCAGAAGUAAAAGGCAGUACUCGUCAGCUGGUGAUUGAAAAGGUGGAGAAGAGCGAUGCUGGAGAGUAUACGUGUGAAGCGGCAGGGGAUAAGCUGGUCUUCAAGAUAUCUGUCUCAGAGUUCCAAUCAGCCUUCUCGAACAAGGAGUCCGUCCAGAGCGAAGUGAAAGCCACUCUCUCCCAGAAAGCCACUCUGAGCUGUGAGGUAGCUGAUACCAAGACAGAGGUGAAGUGGUACAAGGAGGGCAAGCUGCUGACUUCCAGCAAAACAAUCCAUACAGAGACAAAAGGCAAGAGUCGCCAGCUGGUGAUCGACAGCGUAGAGAAGAAGGAUGCUGGAGAGUACAUCUGUGAGGCUGGGACUGAGAAGCUGGCAUUUAAGAUGCAUGUGGCAGAAGCUCAGUCAGCUUUCUCCAACAAGGAGUCUGUCCAGAAGGAGGUAAAAGCCACUCUAUCUCAGAAAUCCACCCUGAGCUGCGAUGUUUCUGAUACCAAGACAGAGGUGAAGUGGUACAAGGAGGGCAAGCUGCUGACUUCCAGCAAAACAAUCCAUACAGAGACAAAGGGUAAGAGUCGCCAGCUGGUGAUCGACAGCAUAGAGAAGAAGGAUGCUGGAGAGUACAUCUGUGAGGCUGGGACUGAGAAGCUGGUCUUCAAACUCAAUGUGGCAGACACACAGGUCCAGUCUGCCCUUUCUGACAAAGAGUCAGUCCAGAAGGAGGUGAAAGCUAGUCUCUCCCAGGCGGCCACCCUGAGCUGGGAGAUAUCUGAUUCCAAGUCCGAGGUGAAGUGGUACAAGGAUGGCAAACUCAUAAGCACCACUCAGGCGAUCCAUGCAGAGUCAAAAGGCAAGAGUCGCCAGCUGGUGAUCGACAACGUGGAGAAGAAGGAUGCCGGAGAGUACAUGUGUCAAGCUGGGUCUGAGAAGCUGGUCUUUAAAAUGCAUGUAGAAGGUUCUUCUACAGAAGUCCACGCUAAAUCCUCUUUCGUCAACAAAGAGUCUGUCCAGACGGAACUGAAAGCCACUCUCUCCCAGAAAGUGACUCUGAGCUGUGAGGUAGCUGAUACCAAGACAGAGGUGAAGUGGUACAAGGAUGGCAAGCUGCUGACUACCAGCAAAGCCGUCCACAUGGAGUCAAAGGGCAAGAUUCGUGAGCUGGUGAUAGAGAAGAUGGAGAAAAAAGAUGCAGGAGAGUACAUCUGUGAAGUCGGAACUGAAAAACUGGCAAUUAGAGUGCAAUUGACAGAAAUCCAACAGAAGUUAGCAUUUUCCAACAAGGAGUCCGUCCAGAGCGAAGUGAAAGCCACUCUCUCCCAGAAAGCCACUCUGAGCUGUGAGGUAGCUGAUACCAAGACAGAGGUGAAGUGGUACAAGGAGGGCAAGCUGCUGACUUCCAGCAAGACAAUCCAUACAGAGACAAAAGGCAAGAGUCGCCAGCUGGUGAUCGACAGCGUGGAGAAGAAGGAUGCUGGAGAGUACAUCUGUGAGGCUGGGACUGAGAAGAUUGCUUUUAAGAUACAGGUUGCAGAAGCUCAGUCAGCUUUCUCCAACAAGGAGUCUGUCCAGAAGGAGGUAAAAACCACUCUAUCUCAGAAAUCCAUCCUGAGCUGCGAUGUUUCUGAUACCAAGACAGAGGUGAAGUGGUACAAGGAGGGCAAGCUGCUGACUUCCAGCAAAACAAUCCAUACAGAGACAAAGGGUAAAAGUCGCCAGCUGGUGAUAGACAGCGUGGAGAAGAAGGAUGCUGGAGAGUACAUCUGUGAGGCUGGGACUGAGAAGAUUGCUUUUAAGAUACAGGUUGCAGAACCCCCGGCUGGUUUCUCUAACACACAGUCUGUUAAGCAAGAGGUGAAAGCCACUCUCUCCCAGAAAGCCACUCUGAGCUGUGAGGUAGACGAUACAAAGACGGAGGUGAAAUGGUACAAGGAUGGCAAGCUGCUGACUACCAGCAAAGCCGUCCACAUGGAGUCAAAGGGCAAGAUUCGUGAGCUGGUGAUAGAGAAGAUGGAGAAAAAAGAUGCGGGAGAGUACACAUGUGAGGCUGGAACAGAGAAGCUUGUAUUUAAGAUGCAGGUUACAGAUGCAGCUGUCAAGUUCCAGAAAAAGCUUGUCAAGGACACAUGUAUUGUUCAAGCAAGUGAAAAAGUUGUUUUGACCACCGAGCUGACGACAGAGAGUGGUAGUGUGAAGUGGUGCAGAGAUGGUGUGGAGCUCAAGGAGGGCAGCAAGUAUGAAAUGAAAAAAGAAGGCCUUUCUCGUACCCUGAUAGUGAAAUCGUCUGAAUCCAAAGACAGUGGAACAUACUCCUGUCAAACUGCUGAUGACAAACUGGAGUUCAAAGUUCAAGUUAAAGAUUCGGCUUUGAAGUUUGUUGUCCCUUUGAAACCUGCUACAGUGGAUUUGGAAGGCACACUCAGCCUGAUGUGUGAGCUAAAUCAAGCCUCAGGGGAUGUUGUCUGGCAGCAUGAUGGUCGUGAGAUUAAACCUGGAGGCAGGUACUGUGUGAGGACAGAUGGUGCUAAGCGGGUCCUCACCGUGACUGGCAUGACUAAAGAAGAUGAAGGAGAAUACAGCUGUGAAUGUAGAAAUGACAAGACCUCCGCCAAAGUUACCUCAAAAGCACCCAGACUGGUGAGGCUGACUACUAAACUGAACAAUGUGGCUGCCAUGGAGGGAAAAGAUGCAAUUUUCAAGUGUGCUGUCAACCCAGCAGACGUCAACGUUAAAUGGUUCCACAACAGCAUACCCGUCACUGCUGGGCCCAAAUAUAAGAUUGGGCGUGGGGGCAGCAGUCACUCACUCACCAUCACCUCUGUCACACAAAAAGAUGGCGGAGAGAUCAGCGUGGAUGCAGAGGGCAAAAGCUGCAAAGCCAACCUACAAGUGGAGCAUGAACCUGUGACUUUUAAGAAAAUGCUAGAAAACCUGACAGUGGAGGAGCAGAGUGAAGUGAAGCUGGAGUUGGAGCUGAGUAAGGUGUCGGAUGAAGUGAGGUGGAUGAAGAACAGCGUUGUGCUGCAGCCUUCAGGAAACAUGGAGAUUCAGGUCAACGGAGCCAAGCAGGCACUGAUCUUCAAGAGCGUGGCUUAUGCUGACCGGGGCAUCUACUCCUGUGAAACCCUGGAUGACAAAACCCAGGCCAAGCUCAGUGUGGAGAUGAAAAAGAUCCAGGUAAUUAAGGGCCUAACAGAAACCAAGUCACAUGAGACAGAGACGGUAACUCUGGAGGUAGAGCUCAGCCAGGCUGAUGUUGAGGGCUUCUGGACCAGGGAUGGGGCCAAGUUAAAGUCAGGGGCCAACUGCCGUAUCACAGCUUUCGGAAAGAAGCAUUCUUUAACGUUGUCCAAUCUCAAGAGGGAGGACGCAGGAAUGAUUGCCUUCCAAGCAGAAGGAGUUCAUAACUCUGGCACACUGGUUGUCACAGAACUUCCUGCUAUGAUCGCCAAGCCCAUGGUAGAUAUCAGUGUCGCUGAUAAGGAAAAGGUUACUUUUGAAUGUGAAGUGUCCAAAACCAAUGCAGAUGUUAAAUGGUUCAAGGAUGAUGUUGAACUGAAACCAGGGAAGAACUUUGGCAUCCAUUCCUUGGGCCGAAAGCGCAGUUUGGUCAUCAACAAAUGCACCCCUGAAGAUGCAGGCACUUACAUCUGUCGCACUACUGAUGAUAACACCUCAGCUAAACUCACUGUUAAUGCCCGAGAAGUUAAGAUUGUUAAGAAGCUGGAGGAUGUGGAAGUGAUGGAGAAGGAGAGUGCUGCGUUUGUCUGUGAAGUAUCACAUGAUGAAGUUGAAUGCCAAUGGUACAAAGGAAGUACCAAACUCAAAGUCGGUGACAACAUCAAGAUGAGACAAGAGGGCAAAACCUAUGUACUUCUGUUUAAGUCUGUCACCAUUGAAGAUAUGGGUGAGAUUAAAUUCACAGCUGACAAGGCCUCUUCAGCAGCAAAACUGAAAGUGAAAGAGCUGCCUGUCAAGUUUGUGAAGAAACUCAGGGAUAAGAUAGCGAUGUAUAAGCAUCGUGGACAUCUUGAAUGCCAAGUGUCACGUGCCAGCGCAAAGGUGAAGUGGUUCAAGAACAAGACGGAGAUCAAACACGGCAAGAAGUACGAGAUCAAAAGUGAAGAUGUGUACCGAAAACUCACCAUCAACGAUGUGGCAUCCGGGGACGAAGACACCUACACCUGUGACGCCACUGAUGAAAAGACAUCCUGUAAACUACUUGUGGAAGAGCAGUGCAUCAGCAUUGUGCGGGAGCUGACAUCAGUAGAAGUGACAGAACCAUUUGCAGCUGUUUUCGAAGUUGAAAUCAGUAUGGAACUGGUGAAACCUCCCAUAUGGACUCUGAAUGCAGUUGCUGUGAAGGAGAGCGCCGAUGUAGAAAUGGAGAAAGAGGGCACAAUGCACAGUCUCACUUUCAAAAAGACCAAAGCAUCGAUGACAGGACCUGUGCAGUUUACAGCUGGCAAGAGCAAAUCUUUAGCCCAGCUCACAGUCAAAGAGCGUCCGCUUGAGAUUACAGAGCCCAUCAAAGAUGUCAAGGGGAAAGAGAAAAGCUCUGCGAUACUCACCUGUAAAUUCUCUGCCUCACCCAAAGAGGUAGCGUGGUUCAAAGGCCAGGUGCCUCUGACCGCUUCAGACAAGUACAACAUGAAGCAAGAUGCUACAAGGGCUCAACUAACUAUUCAAAGGUUGACUGAGGAAGACAGUGGAGAUUACCGCUGUCAGUCCGGACCUGCUGAGGCCAAAGGGACCCUUACUGUUGAAGUGCGUGAAAUGAAGAUCAGCAAGCACUUGGCAGACACAGAGGUUGAUGAAGACAACGAUGCUGUGUUCACAUGUGAGAUAAACUAUGCUGAUGAAGAGGUACAGUGGCUUCUGAAUGACAAGGUGCUCUUCACCAAUGAAGUCAACACCAUCGCACAUGAUGGGAAGGUCCACAAGCUCACACUGAAGAACUUGGCACCUCAGGACGGGGGGACUAUCACCUUUCAGGUCCGCAAGGUGAAGGAGUCAGUGACACUUAAGGUUAAAGAGAAGCGAGCAGUGUUCCUCAAGUCUCUGGAUGAUGUCAUUGGAGAGGAAAAGGGCAUGAUAACUCUGGCGUGCGAGGCGUCCAAGCCCAGGGUUUCUCCUGUAUGGAGAAAAGAAGUUAAAGUCCUAAAGGCCGGAUCAAAGUAUGAGCUCCUUCACACAGGCAAGUCUUUGGGGCUGAUCAUCAAGGACGUCACCAAAGAAGAUGCUGGAGAGUACAGUUGUGAUCUAGGAACUGAGGUUUCUAAAGCAAAGGUCACUGUAAGAGAGAUUGCCAUUGGAAUUACCAAAUGGCUGAAGUCGGCUGAGGUGAAUGAGGGAGACUCAUGUAACUUUGAGUGCAUCUUAUCUCGUGAGAGCACAGACGAGUGUUCCUGGACUCUUAAUGGAAACACUAUCACAGAUGGAGGUCGCUUCAAAGUCACCAGUAAAGGACGCAAAUACAUGCUGACCAUCAAGGAUGUGACUCCUGCUGACGCUGGAGAGGUGGUCUUGAACAUUAAAGACCUUAACUCCAAAACAACAUUAAAAGUUGAAGGCAAGGCUUCAUCCGUGUCUAAAGGACUACAGAGUGUUAGUGCUGUCCAAGGAGAAGAUGCUGUAUUUACCUGUGAGGUAACAAAAGCUAGUUCCACUGUAAACUGGUCCAUGGAAGGCAAAGCCAUCAAAAAGAGCCAGAAGUAUGACAUCAGACAAGAGGAAAAGGUCAUGAAGCUGACGAUCCAUAACAUCUCAGCUCAAGACUCCGGAGAGUACAGUUGUGAAGUUGUUGGAGGUGCAACCACUAAAGCCAAGCUGGAAAUCAAGGAGCCAAUUCAUAAAUUCACUAAAGAGCUGAAGGACAGCCAAGCUGAGGAGAAGAGCAACGUGACCUUGCAAUGUGAGACGGCACAAACCCCAUCCACUGUGGUAUGGCUUAAAGGUCACACAGAGCUCAAUGCUGGAGGUCGAUAUGAGAUGUCCCAGAAGGAGAGGGUCCUAACUCUGACCAUCAAACAGCUGGAGGAGAAAGACACGGAUAUCUACACGUGUGACGUGGGCACGGCAAAGAUCAUGGCAAAGGUGACAGUCAAUGCCCUGCCUGCCAAUUUUAAAGAGAAGCUCAACAACCAGGGGAGAAAGGAAGGGGAGUCGGUGAAACUCUGCUGCAAACUAUCGAAGCAUGCUGAUGGCGUUCAGUGGAAGAAAGGCUCUGAAGUUCUCAAAGCUGGAGAGAAGUAUGAGAUGAAGAUGGAGGAGACUUCUUGUGAACUUCAGAUUAAGAAUUUGGAGGUUGAAGAUAGUGGAGAGUACUCUUGCUUGUGCGGGGACCAGAAGACAUCUGCAACUGUGAAAGUCACUGCACUGCCGCCGACCUUCAAACAGAAGCUGGAGAGCCAGGAGGCUGAGGAGGGGGCUAGUGUUACUCUGCGUUGUGAGCUCUCCAAACCUGGAGUCCCUGUUGAGUGGAAGAAGGGAACAAAGGUCCUGAAGUCUGGAGAAAAGUACCAGAUGAAGCAGGAGGCCUCUGUGAAUAAACUCCUCAUCAACAAAGUGCUGCCAGAGGACAGUGGAGACUACAGCUGUGUGUGUGGAGACCUGAAGACCACAGCCAGUCUCAACAUUAAGGCCCAACCAGUGACCUUCAAACAGAAGCUGGAGAGCCAGGAGGCUGAGGAGGGGGCUAGUGUUACUCUGCGUUGUGAGCUCUCCAAACCUGGAGUCCCCGUUGAGUGGAAGAAGGGAACAAAGGUCCUGAAGUCUGGAGAAAAGUACCAGAUGAAGCAGGAGGCCUCUGUGAAUGAACUGCUCAUCAACAAAGUGCUGCCAGAGGACAGUGGAGACUACAGCUGUGUGUGUGGAGACCUGAAGACCACAGCCAGUCUCAACAUUAAGGCCCAACCAGUGACCUUCAAACUAAGAUUGGAGAGCCAGGAGGCUGAGGAGGGGGCUAGUGUUACUCUGCGUUGUGAGCUCUCCAAACCUGGAGUCCCUGUUGAGUGGAAGAAGGGAACAAAGGUCCUGAAGUCUGGAGAAAAGUACCAGAUGAAACAGGAGGCCUCUGUGAAUGAACUCCUCAUCAACAAAGUGCUGCCAGAAGACAGUGGAGACUACAGCUGUGUGUGUGGAGACCUGAAGACCACAGCCAGUCUCAACAUUAAGGCCCAACCAGUGACCUUCAAACAGAAGCUGGAGAGCCAGGAGGCUGAGGAGGGGGCUAGUGUUACUCUGCGUUGUGAGAUCUCCAAACCUGGAGUCCCCGUUGAGUGGAAGAAGGGAACAAAGGUCCUGAAGUCUGGAGAAAAGUACCAGAUGAAGCAGGAGGCCUCUGUGAACGAACUCCUCAUCACCAAAGUGCUGCCAGAAGACAGUGGAGACUACAGCUGUGUGUGUGGAGACCUGAAGACCACAGCCAGUCUCAACAUUAAGGCCCAACCAGUGACCUUCAAACUAAAAUUGGAGAGCCAGGAGGCUGUGGAGGGGGCUAGUGUUACUCUGCGUUGUGAGAUCUCCAAACCUGGAGUCCCUGUUGAGUGGAAGAAGGGAACAAAGGUCCUGAAGUCUGGAGAAAAGUACCAGAUGAAGCAGGAGGCCUCUGUGAAUGAACUGCUCAUCAUCAAAGUGCUGACAGAAGACAGUGGAGACUACAGCUGUGUGUGUGGAGACCUGAAGACCACAGCCAGUCUCAACAUUAAGGCCCAACCAGUGACCUUCAAACAGAAGCUGGAGAGCCAGGAGGCUGAGGAGGGGGCUAGUGUUACUCUGCAUUGUGAGAUCUCCAAACCUGGAGUCCCCGUUGAGUGGAAGAAGGGAACAAAGGUCCUGAAGUCUGGAGAAAAGUACCAGAUGAAGCAGGAGGCCUCUGUGAAUGAACUGCUCAUCAACAAAGUGCUGCCAGAAGACAGUGGAGACUACAGCUGUGUGUGUGGAGACCUGAAGACCACAGCCAGUGUCAAGAUCAAUGCUCCUCCUUCAGCUUCUAAACCAGAAUCUAAGAGUCAGGAGUCCAAAGAAACAAUCGAAGCAAAAGCCCCUGAAGCUCCCUCCAAAGUUGCUCAAGAUGAGCGGAAGAAGCAAGAGAUAAAUGAGACAGUAGAAGCUGUAACACUUCCACGUACUGGACAGACUCCUCAACAGCAGCUCCUCAAAGUGGAGGUACAUAAGGAUUCUCAAGAGCUUAAAGUUGCAGGGGAAGUUGAGAAGACGGCUGCUGGAACAGCUGCUGACACAAAGAGGCAGGGGACCAAAGAGCCACUAGAAGCCCAGCCUGUCCUUUUCAAAACCCAGCUGCAGAACCUUAUAAGACAGGAAGGGGAGAGCGCUAGUCUUCGCUGUAAAACCACAAAGCCGGGAGCCAGUGUUGUCUGGAGGUUUGGAGACAGGGUGCUGGCAUCCAGCAGCAAGUAUCAUCUGAAACAGGAAGGGACUGUAGUUGAGCUUGUCAUCUAUAAACUGCGAGGAGCUGACUCGGGAGAAUAUUCUUGUGAUGCAGGAAACCAGAGGACUUCAGCUGUCCUCAGUGUGCAGGAGGUCGAGGUUACAAUACUGAAGUUCUUGGAGAGCUGCGUUGUGUACCAGGGUGACGAUGUCCGCUUUGAAUGUCGGGUUUCUCGUGAGGAGGCACCUCUGGCCCAGUGGAAACUCCAGGAUGUCCCACUACAGAAUAACGAGAUGAACCUGAUCAAGUCUGAGGGCUGCGUACACAGCCUCAAACUCCGGGGCGUCACCACGGCUGACUCGGGAACUGUCACUUUCACAGUGGGUAACCACACAUCAACUGCUUCUUUGACAGUCAAAGCCGCUCCUGCAACAUUCAAGAAGGAGCUGGAAAGUCAAGAGGCCAUUGAAGGAGACAAAGCCAGCCUGUCCUGCGAGACUUCCAGCCCCGACUGCAAGGUGACCUGGCUGAAAGACUCCACUGUGCUCAUCCAUGGGGAGAAGUACAGUUUGGAGCAAACCGCUACAACGCACAUCCUGGUGAUACACAAGCUGGAUGUGAAGGAUAGCGGAGAAUAUACCUGCGAAACUGGGGACAAGAAAAGUACAGCUACCCUGACCGUGAAAGCACGUGUUCGCAUCACUCGAGAACUCAGCGAUGUUACUGUGACAACGGGGCAGGAUGCUGUCUUUGAGGUGGAGUUGUCACACCCAGGCGUGACAAACAGCGAAUGGUGGCUUGCAGAUAACCUCCUCCAGAAUAAUGACCUGAAUCAAAUGAGCAGCCAGGGCACAGUGCACCGACUGACCCUGAAGAUGGUGACCACAGAUGAAUCUGGAGAUGUUGCCUUCGUGUUGGGAGAAGAGAAGACUGUGGCCUGUCUUCUGGUGGAGGAGAAGCCCAAAGUGCUAAUACUAGAGAAACCACACAACACUUCGGCAGUAGAGGGUGAAACUGUCACUCUGGCCUGCACCAUCUCUGACACCAAGGCUUCUGUCACCUGGAAGAGAAACAACACGGCCAUCCAAGCAGGUCUCAAGUACGACCUGAAGAGUAACGGAGCUCUUCACCAGCUUAGUAUCAACAACCUGGUGCCUGAGGACUCAGGAACGUACACGUGUGACACUGGAGAUGCACAGUGUGACUCCACCUUGACUGUGCAAGGUACCCCCGUGUCCUUCCGCAAGGAGCUCAAGAACCACGAUGCCAUAGAGGGUGAUGAUGUUACCCUGCACUGCGAGCUGUCUAAGCCAGGUGUUCCUGUGGAGUGGAGGAAAGGAGGCCUGGUCCUCAAGCCCGGUAAGCAGUUUGAGAUGAAGCAGGAAGGAUGCAUUCAAGAGCUCUGCAUACGGAACGUGGAGCCCGAGGACAGUGGCUACUACACCUGUGAUGCGGGAGACCAGCUCACCACGGCUUCUUUGGCAGUGCAAGCGAAAGAAGUUUCCUUUGUGUGUGGUCUUAAGACCACUGACGUCUUUGUUGGGGAAUGGGCAACCUUCUCCUGCCAGCUGUCUGGUAGGGCCCCUCACAAGGUGCAGUGGUGGCUGGAUGGCACCUUGCUGGAGAACAGCCCCUUUAGUGAAAUAGGGCUGAGCCCAGGCAACAUCCACACACUCACCUUAAAGAACCUGGCCACCGAUGACUCUGGCACUGUCACAUUCGAAGCUGGCAGUUUAACAUCAACAGCCAAGCUCUUAGUCAAAGAUCCCACAGUUGAAGUGGUGAGCGAGCUGGAGGACAUUCGGGUGCUCGAAAACCAACCGGCUGAGUUCAUCUGCCAGUUCUCACGGCCGGUCAAGCCUCAGUGGAAAAAAGAUGGGCAGCCAUUACAGCCUGAUGGCCGAAGGGUGGUAGUGGAGCAGGACUGGAAUGUGGCUCGCUUGUAUAUUAGCCAUGUGUCUGCUGAGGACAGGGGAACAUACUCCUGUGAGGCAGAGGGGACCUGCGCGGUCGCUUCACUUUUUGUGGAAGGAAAACCCAUUGACAUUGUCCAGGGCCUGGAGAAUGUAGAAACCUUUGAUGGAGGUGAAGUGCUGCUUGAGUGUGCCCUGUCUCGUCCUGAGAGCAAAGAUUGCCACUGGUUCCUCGAUGGGAAACCAGUAAAGGAAUCCCCUAAUGCUGAGAUUGUAACAUUUGAGAGUGGUCGUCGUCAUCUGCUCCUUCUGAAAGAGUUGCGAGUGACAGACAGUUGCACAGUGACUUUCAAAGUUGGCACAGCCUCCACAUCGGCCCAACUCUCCGUCAAACGCUGGCAACUGGAUGUUGUGAAGAGUCUGGAGGACAAGGUGGCUGCAGUGGGAGAAAAGGUUGAGUUUAAUGUCGAACUCACAGAGCCUGUCCCUUCAGCAGAAGUAGCCUGGUAUAUGAAUGGGGUUGAGAUCAAACCCAGCGACCUCUGGGCCUUGAGAGCUGACGGCUGUUCUUAUCGCCUCGUCCUGAGGAAGGCCCCUCUAAUGCCACAGCAAGAAAUUACAUUUGCUGCUAGAGAUGCUCUCUCUUUGGCCAAGCUCACCAUCAUCACUGUACCUGAUCCUCCAGAGGACCCAGAAGUUCUCACUAAGACAGAAAGGUCUGUCAACCUGUCUUGGUUCACUCCUCUACAUGAUGGAGGGAGUCCCAUUCUGGGAUACAGGGUGGAGAUGCGUCUGGUGGACAGUUCCCUCUGGCUCCCAUGUCACUCUGACCCUGUGUUUAACACAGAGUUUGUGGUUGAAAAUCUUACAGCAGGGAGUGGCUACAGGUUCAGAGUGGCAGCCACUAACAGAGCUGGGAUUGGAGAGCCUGUUGAGAUGCCACACACUGUGCAGCUUGAAGCACCAAUCCAGCCAGCAGUUUGCCCAGGUGUAGAAGCCAAACAGACUGAGGCUGAGACUAUGGGACAACCCAGUCUGCCUCCAGAAGCUGCUGAAGAAGGUGAUGUUCAUGAGCUGUGGGAGGAAUCGGCCAAGAAACGCCGCAUGAGUCGUGAACCCACUCUGGACUCCAUCACUGAACAACCUGAGGAAGACGGUAAAGGUGGUAAAAAGAAGUCAGAGAAAGUGGAAAUUAAAUCAGAAGAGAAGGAGCUGGCCAUUGUGUCUAAGACGCAGGUAGAGUCCAAAAUUAGCACCACCUCAGAGGAUGAGUCUGUUUCUGGGGGUUCAACACUUGUCUCCUACCUCAAGAAAAGCAGCACUUCUUCUGUCACAGCAACCAAUGAGAGAGAGACUUUGACUACUGAGAAGUUCUUCGCACAUUUCAAGAUGGAAGAGCAGACAGUGCAGGAGUCUAGGGUGGAAACAACCAUAAUACAGCAGACAGAUGCAAAACAGGUGUCAACAGAGGAGACUGAGAUCAUGGAGAUCAGUAAAGAGGAUGAGCCUGAACUCAGAGAUGCUGCCAUUAAGAUUCAAGCGGCCUUCAAGGGCUACAAAGCCCGCAAGGACAUGCGCCCUGUCUUUAAAGAUGCCUUCAAAGACCAGACCAAAGAACCUAACGGCACUAUACAUCUAGAAUGCAUUGCAGAAGGUAAACCUGAUAAGGUGCGCUGGCUGAAGGAUGGAGAACCACUGACUGAUGGCAAGCACCACCAUAUUGAUAUCUACAAUGAUGGCACUUGCUCACUGGUUAUCACUGCCAUCACCAUAAAAGAUACUGGGGUCUACACAUGUGAGGUCACCAACAAGUAUGGAGUCACGUCUCACAGUGGUAAGGUCACAGUAGGAACGGAGAGAGAAUCAUCUGGGCGGCGGCCGCUGACCGUGGGCUACAGUGCCGACAGCGAGCCGGACAGCUCCUCAGGAAGUGAGAUGGAUGAGUCUCUGAGGCAGGCAAGCAAACGUCUGUGCCGCCUGCUGCGAUCAAGUCUCCCUCCGAAUGUUGAGGAAGAAUCAUUUGUCAGCGCAGAUGAAGGAGACCUGGGUCCUCCAGAUCCACACUCUUACCGGGAGGACGACUGUUACAUCUACAUUCGUUUUGACUCCCGGACAGAGGCUGAGGUUGCUUCAAAGAGGUUUCAGGAGAUGUUUACAAUCCAUGGGGUUCCUGUGGAUACCAGCAUCCUGGAGGCUGGGCCUCUCAAAGUGGAGCUGCGAAUUAGAAAGAUGGGCUACAUGCAAGAUGGCGCACAGACCCCCACACAAGAAAGACAGCCAGUUGCGUUUAUGGCUGGAGCCCAGGCUGCCCCAGUCUUCUUGACUGAGCUACAAAGUCAGGAUGUUCCUGACGGUUAUCCAGUCAGCUUUGACUGUGUUGUGAUUGGCAAGCCCCCUCCCUCCGUUCGCUGGUACAAGGACGGUAAAUUGCUGGAGGAGAAUGACCAUUAUAUGAUUAAUGAAGAUCAGGAAGGCUGCCACCAACUCAUCAUCACCACCGUGCUGCCCACUGACAUGGGCGCCUAUCGUUGCACAGCUGAAAACAGCAGCGGCAUCACUGCCACUAAGGCUGAGCUCAGGGUUGACAUGUCUUGCAGCUCAGAUUAUGACACUGCUGCUGAUGCCACUGAGACAUCUUCCUAUGUCAGUGCCAAGGGCUACAUGUCCAGGGAAACUGAGACCUUUGAGUCUGUAGCUGAAGAUGAUCAGCUUCCACAAGUUGUGGACGAGCUUCAUGAUGUUCAUGUCUGUCCAGGUUCACCUAUUGCUAAGCUGCAGCUCAAAGUAAAGGGCUUCCCCAAACCCAGAAUAUACUGGUUCAAAGAUGGCCAGCCCCUGCGCCCUUCAGACAGGGUUCUGCUGCUAGCAGAGGGAGAUGUUCAUGGUGUUGAGAUCCUGGAGGUGAAGAAAGAGGAUAUGGGAGAGUACUCUGCUUACAUCAGCAACGCAGCUGGUUCUGCAUACUCCUCUGCCCGCCUGAUGGUUCUGCGUCCAGGUGAAAUGAUGCCACAAGAUAAAAGAGACCCCAAGGUGCCCCUGGUGCCGCCCCGCUUCAUUGAAAGGUUCAGCAACAGGAAGGUGAAACAUGGAGCCAGCAUCACUCUGUCUGUCAAAGUAGAAGGCUCUCCUACUCCAAUGGUCUCCUGGCUUAAGGAGGAGUCAGUGGAAGACGUCCUGUGGAUAAAGCCUGACACCAAGGGAUACAAAAUAGCAAGCUCAGGGCGCCAGCACAGCCUCAUCUUGAUGGACGUGGGCACAGAGUACACCGGAGCCUACACCUGCAUUGCCACCAAUAGAGCGGGACAGUCCAUCUGCACGGCCCACCUCGAGGUCGAUGAUGUACCACAACCAAAGAAAGAGACCAAACUAUCAGAGGUGUUUGGAUUCACAGUUAGUCCUCCAGAAGAGGAGGUUGUCAAAGCAAAAGAGAGUAAAAUGUCCUACCUAGGUGAAGUAGGUACAGAGGAAUUCCUCAUGAAACUGACAACCCAGAUCACUGAAAUGGUAUCGGCAAAGAUGACCCAAGACAGUUCACAGAAUCAUGAAGUGCUCCAGUGGAUGAAAUCUUGGCCCAAAGCUACCACUUCAUUACGCGUACCAGGUGCUGACAGUGAUGAUGAGACCAAGACUCCUUCUCCUUCACCUCAUCACGGCCGCUCUCGUCCUCCCUCUCUCAUCGCUGACUCCUCCUCUGAGUCUGAUGAGGGGGAUGCCAGGGGAGAGAUGUUUGACAUAUAUGUCGCAACGGCUGACUACAACCCCACCAUAUCAAACAAAGAAGCCAUCUCUCUGAAGGAGGGACAGUAUGUUGAGGUUUUGGACUCAGCUCAUCCUCUCAAGUGGUUAGUCCGGACCAAACCCACCAAAACUACACCAUCGCGCCAAGGCUGGGUCUCACCUGCCUACCUGGACAAGAAACUCAAACUAUCUGCUGAUCCGAGUGACCUUCCAGAGAAUAAUGACGAGGAGGUGACUGAGGGUGAAUACAAGAGGAAAUUAUUCCAACUGAUCCAAGACCUGAUAAACAGUGAAUCACAGUUUGUGAAAGAGGUCGACUUCUUCACCUCCCAUCACGUGAAGCAUGCAGACAGCCCUGAUGCACCGCCUGAUGUCAGCAGCCAGAAGGAAGCCAUAUUCAGGAACAUUGAUGAUAUCCAGUCUUUCCACAGCAGGGCAUUCCUCCCAAAGUUAAAUGACUGUGAAACAGAUGAUGACGUAGCCAUGUGCUUCCUGAAGAACAAGGAGGGCUUUGAGAAGUAUCUCCAAUAUCUUGUUGGUCAGAGUAAGGCUGAGUCGGCUAUCAGUGACAAGGCCGUUCACCGCUUCUUCAAGGAGUACACAGACAAAGUGCAAGCCAGUGCAGACCCUGCUGACCCCCCUGUACGCAGCAUCAACGCCAGCCUCCAGCACCCACUGGACAGGGUACAGAAGUACAAGGCGGUCCUCAAGGAGCUCAUCAGAAACAAGGCAAAGAAUGGCCAGAACUGCUGCCUCCUGGAAGAAGCGUAUGCCAUGGUGUCUGCACUCCCUCAGCGCUCUGAGAAUACCCAUCAUGUCGGCAUGAUCGAGAACUAUCCUGCCACACUGGAAGUAUUAGGAGAGCCGAUAAGACAGGGACCCUUCCAAGUGUGGGAAGGCGCUCCUGGAAUAAGGACGUCCUCUAGAGGUCAUCACCGCCACGUCUUCCUGUUUAAGAACUACUGCAUAAUCUGCAAACCCAAGAGAGACAGCAACACAAAUACACAAGCAUAUGUCUUUAAGAACAUGAUGAAGUUGAAUAACAUUGAUGUGAAUGAGAUAGUGGAGGGUGAUGACCGUGCCUUUGAGAUCUGGCAUGAGCGCGAGGACUCUGUGAGGAAAUACACCCUGCAGGCCCGAACUGUUAACAUCAAGAACUCAUGGCUGAGAGACUUCAGAGAACUGCAGCAGCGAUACAGCACGCCUGCAUGGAGUCGUCCUGACUUUGAUGAAAUCCUGGCUAACUGCACAGCAGAGCUCGGUCAGACUGUAAAGCUGGCCUGCAAAGUCACUGGAGUCCCCAAACCUACGGUCACGUGGUACAAGGAUGGGCGUGCUGUGGAGGCAGACCCUCACCACAUCAUCAUCGAGGACCCUGACGGUUCCUGCACGCUGAUCUUGGACAACAUGAGCGCAGAUGAUUCUGGACAGUACAUGUGCUUUGCCACAAGCUCAGCAGGCAAUGCCAGCACUCUCGGCAAGGUCACUGUCCAGGUGCCUCCUCGCUUUGUGAAUAAAAUGCGGAAUGCUACAUUUGUUGCUGGUGAGGACACUCAGUUCACCUGUGUCAUACAGAGCGCCCCUAACCCCAAGAUCAGGUGGUUCAAGGACAGCAGGCUGCUGACUGACCAGCAGAAGUAUCAGACCUACAGCGAGCUCCGCAGUGGGGUUCUGGUUUUGGUAAUCAAAAACCUGACAGAGAGAGACCUGGGACACUACGAGUGCGAGUUGUCCAACCGUCUGGGCAAUGCUAAGUGUGCUGCUGAUUUGGCUCCUCCCUCUGCUGUGGCCCGCUCUGCUGAACAGGCCAUCACUAUUGAAGUCACUGAGCAGGAGACGAGAAUACCAAGGAAAACCAUCAUCAUUGAGGAGACCAUAACCACUGUGGUGAAGAACCCACGUAUGAGGCGACACAAGUCCCCCGGCUUGACUCUUGCUGGAGCCCACCGCUCCGAGACCUCCACCCCAGAGCCCCCUACAGCCAGGCCGAGGAGGAUGUCCACUCAGAGAAAGACCACCAUCCCCACCCUCUAUGUUACUCAACCCGAAGGCGCUGAAGCCAGAGCCAUGGAGAGCAGGUGGGUGGAGGUCGAGGAGGUCAUCGAGUAUAAAGUCAAUAAAUCUCCCAGGGUGUCGAGGAGGAGAGGCAUCUCCCCGGCAACGUCUGAACGCUCAUCGACUCCUUUAAGAGCCAAGAGGUCUCCACCUGAGAGAAACCCCAACGUCAACAACUCCAACAACAAGCUGCUGGAGCAGGCUCAGCUGCAGGGAGACGUCAGCAGCUCCCCGCUCUCCUGGGAGGAAGAGGAUGGGAGCGUUUCCCCGGAUGCUGUCUCUGGAGACCCCCAUGAGCUCUCCUCCAUCCUCACUCAAGCAGGAGAGGACAGCGAGGACAUGGACGAUGAUCAAACUGUCAUCUUUGAGCCCGAUGAUGAAGAUGAUAACUCUCUCGGUAAGCAAGAGCCUAAGAUCCUGACACAAGGAGGCCGUGUUCUGACUCUGGAAGACUUGGAGGAUUACGUGCCAGAAGAAGGUGAAAACUACGGCUCUACCAGCACCCCCGCUGCUGAGAAGCCCUGCGAGAUCUCGGUGCUGCAGAGGGAGAUCGGCGGCUCCGCGGUGGGACAGCCGGUGCUCCUCAACGUGGGCCGGCCGGGCGUGGGGCCGAGGCAGAGGAGCGGCUUCUUCGGCCGCUUCAGGGAGCAUCUCUCCAGCAGCCUCUUCACGCCUGCGGCCCCCCCAGCCAGCGGAGCUCGGGCCAGGACGGAAAGACACGUCCCCAUCCAAGUGAGCCACGCUAAGCUGGAGGUGAAGCCUUCGUACUGCUCCGAGGUGCAGCGGGUCGAGGGCGGGCAGCAGAGCUUUAAAACCAAAGUGUCAACUCAGACCUACGGCUACACUUCAGUGGGCAACCCUGUCACUCUGCAAAUAAGUGAUAACCUUUAUCAGAACCAGUAGAAGCAAACCGUUUUAAUUUGGUACCACACACCCUCUUAGUCUUAAAUGGGGACAUUUCUACGUACAUGGUGAAUAAGACAUAUCCUAAAGAAUAUUAGCUGCAUAUAACAAACCAUUCCAUUUGGAAGUUGCCUAGAAAGAAAGAAGACUCAUCUUCUUGAGUCUUUUUCUCGACAAAUGGCUAGAGUCAGAUGGUCUCUUUAGACUAGGCGAAUAAGACAAUGUCACUGUAAGCAUGUUUCAACCCAAACUGCUUUGUUACACCUGCAUAUUCACUCAUGCAGUAUGUGUUGUAUAACAUGGUGGGGAGACAGAAAAGGAAAUUAAGGUUUGACUGAAGAGAAAUGUAAUCAUCUUUUGCUGAGUUACAUUUUAUUUUACAAAAAUACAUAAUGUUCACUCGAACCCAGCUUCGAGUAUGGGCGGAAUAUGAGAAAAUGGGCACCACCACCUGUCCUAAAUACGAGCAAGACACUCUAUUUAGCCUCUUAUUUUAAGGGUAAAUAAAAAGCCUCUAGUUGUAUCUCUUUGUAGUUGUUUUGUGUAUUUACGUGGUCAUGUAGUGUCUCUUUUUGUUGUCUUUGUAUGAUUUUAUGUCUUUUUGUAGUUAGUUUCAAUCUACUUUGUAAUUGUUUUGGUCUUUUUGUUAUAUCUUUAUUUUGUUGUUUUGACACUUAUUGAGGUUGCUUUGAGUCUCUUGGUGGUCAUUUUGUCUCUAUGUUGUUGUCUUGCCCUUUUACAAAAUGGUGUUAGUCUGUUCUCUCUUUGUAGUGGUUUUACUUCUCUUGGUGGUAGGCCUGUACUAUACAUCCAUGCCUUCAUGAAAUCAUGAUCCUUGACCCACCAAUAUUUACUGAUCCAGACAUUAUCCCUUGUGAUGACUCCUGCUAUAUACACAAACAAAUACAUUAUAUUAAGGUAUAUAGAUUUGAUUUCAGUUUGACUUUUGUACCUUUCGAAAAUGUUGCCUUUUGCACUCACACAGUGCCUUAGAUUCCUGGAGUUAACGUCUACUAGUGAGGUCAGUCUCUCGUUGAGUAUUGCUAUAAGUAUAUUUAAAUGUGCAACACUGAUGAUCUGCUAUUUACAACCGAACUGUGUUGACCGUUUUGGUCCAUGGACUGUUUAAGUUUAAUCAAAUGUGCUGUCAAGUGAGUCAGUGUGGCAAAGUCACACAUACGCUCUACUUUGGUUGUUUGUGCCUUAAUUGUUGGUGAGCAGCUUCUUCAAAUAUGGCAUUUAUACAUGAACAUCUAUUUGAUGGUGAACCUGUUUCACAUCCGAUCUCUGUGUUUGACUACACUCAUGUCAUUUACUAUAGCGAGACAUGUUUCUAUCAAUAAGUGAAUGUUGAUUUUUGUGUGCCUCUUAAUGCAGUGCCAUUACCUGUCAUUUUACAGAUAUAACAGGGACAUUCAUAUGUGGGUGACAGAUAUUUAGAUGAGUGACUGCAUGUAUUUGCCUUUGCAAAGCACACGUGUUUAUCUAGAGUAACAAAAGCUGUAAUGAUGUAUUUGAUUGAGAGAAAAUGUUUAUGCAAAGUACUUGAGCUCACAUAAUUUACUACCUUGCCAAUUUAAAAAAUGACUAGAAAACAGGAACUUAAAGAUGUGUGGUGUUUGCGUUGUUUCUUAAAGGUAUUCUAGAAAGUUACAAGUAUAAUAUUAUGUAUUAAUAUUAAUGAACUAACAGAUUGUAAUGCUUGUACUGUACAUGUGUAGUUUUUUGAAAAAUGUUUGAAUAUUCAGUGUUA